UUACAUUAUGGGCUGGGUUAUACUGAGCCUGCCUUUCUCAAACAUUGAAUUCUGUACUGUACUGUAGUACUGUGGUGUGCUGUAGUGUACUGUGGUGUACUGUGGUGUGGUGUACUGUAGUGUACUGUACUGUGGUGUACUGUAGUGUACUGUACUGUCAUGUACUGUGGUAUACUGUAGUGUACUGUACUGUAGUGUAGUGUACUGUGGUGUACUGUAGUGUACUGUACUGUGGUGUACUGUGCUGUGGUGUAGUGUACUGUGCUGUGGUGUACUGUAGUGUAGUGUACUGUGGUGUACUGUAGUGUACUGUGCUGUGGUGUACUGUAGUGUACUGUACUGUGGUGUACUGUAGUGUAGUGUACUGUACUGUACUGUGGUGUACUGUAGUGUACUGUACUGUGGUGUACUGUAGUGUAGUGUACUGUGGUGUACUGUAGUGUAGUGUACUGUACUGUACUGUGGUGUACUGUAGUGUACUGUACUGUGGUGUACUGUGCUGUGGUGUAGUGUACUGUACUGUGUGCAUCAACAGCACGGGAUCAGGUUUUCAGGAUGGUGUUCCUUAUUUCUGUCAUUGUUCUAAUAAUACAAUACAAAUACAAUUGACAUUUCUAUAGCACCUUUCAGAAUAAGGAUCCCAAAGUGCUUCACACACACACACACACACACACACACACUACACACACACUACACACACAAAUAAAUAUUUACAAUAAAAAAUUAACAAUUAAACUAUUACAUUUAAAACAGUCUAAUACAAACAUGAAUAAAACACAAAUUUAAAAAGAGACAAAAAAUUGUUUUUAAUUGUAAAAUUGUAAAAAUAAAUAAAUAAAAAAGCUAGUUUAUAAAAAUAGAACAAUUAAAAGAGUCUUAAAUAAAAAUGUAAGACAAUUAAAAUAAUAAUAAUAAAACAAAAUCCCAUAUUCCUAUAUUCAGCAUGGGAUAUACGACCAAACACAGGAAAGAAAAAAUAAAUAAAACUACUAAAAAAUACCUGGUUAAAACUAUUAUAAAUAAAGAACAAAUCAUAUAACCAGUGUGUGUGUGUAAAUAGAGAUAAAUCAUGCUUAUUAAUAUCACUGCAGCAAAACACUGUAACCUCUUAGCCUGUUGAUUCCGUGUAACAAUUUUUUUUUUUUUUUGUUCCUGGGUAGUAAGUGUUAUUUCCUAAUUGCUUAUGCCUCAAAAGUAUAGAAAAUGGCUAUUAUUCCCCACAAACUUUGCUUUUGUGACCAGGACAGUGAUAUUUUGAAAUUUACCUAUUUUCCAGAACAUUCCAGAUAGAUUCAGUGCUGAGUAAACUUGGAGUAACUUCUAGAACUUUCUAGAACUUUCCAGUAAUAUAAAUAGUAGUAUAAAUACAGGAACCUUAAGCCCACCAAUUCAGUUUAGUUCCAGCUGCCUAAGUGCAUACAUAUCUGCAUUUUUCUGAGAUGGCAUCAAGAGGCUGCAAGCAUCCGGCAGACGCAUUUUGCUAUGUCUGCGGCCAAUUUAUCAAGACAAGAGCGAAAAAGUACUCCGUGGAAGCAUCUGCUAAGAUGUGUGAGGCCUACAAGGCAUAUUUCGGCAUGCCUGUCAGGGAUCAAGACAAACCCUGGGCACCUCAUUUCACCUGCGAGUACUGCAAAAAAACUCUGGAAGGAUGGUACAGAGGGGAAAAGAGAGCCAUGAAGUUCGCUAUCCCAAGAAUUUGGCGGGAACCCACUGACCACUCAAGCAACUGCUACUUCUGCAUGGUGGACCCUUCCAAGCGGACCGAGUUCUCUGUGGGGAGGAACAACGUCAAGUGGGAGCCACUGGUGGACCCCCGGAAGGUGCUGAUGCCACCACUGCACAUCAAAUUGGGCCUUAUGAAACAAUUUGUCAGAGCUCUAGAUAAGGAGUCGGCAGCCUUCAAGUACCUUCAAGACUUCUUCCCUAAGCUGUCUGAGGCAAAGGUCAAAGCCGGUGUCUUCGUCGGACCACAGAUAAAGAAGAUCCUGGAGUGCAAUGAAUUCCCCAAGAAGCUCACUAGUAAGGAGAAAGCGGCUUGGAACAGCUUUUGUCGCAGUGGUUCGGGGCUUCCUGGGCAAUCACAAGGCCGAAAACUAUGUGGAGCUGGUUGAGACUGGUGAAGAACUACGGCACAAUGGGCUGUUCAUAUCCUUGAUGCUCAUCUUGAUAAAUUCAAGGAGAACAUGGGAGCGUACUCGGAGGAGCAAGGCGAGCGCUUCCACCAGGAUAUACUGGACUUUGAACGCCGUUACCAAGGACAGUAUAACGAGAACAUGAUGGGAGACUACACUUGGGGGCUGAUUCGUGAAAGUGAUUUACAGUAUAAUCAUAAAUCUCGAAAAACUACUCACUUCUAAAUCUUUUGUAGUCAUUUUUGUAUUACUUUAGUAUAAAUACAUGUUAAUUUGGAUUCAUAUGUUGUUUUUUUCUGACUUUAUGUGAACAAAAAGACACAAAUUCGCCCGUUUUCUCAUUGGAAAUAGGUAAAUUUCAAAAUAUCACUGUCCUGGUCAUCAAUCAUGAUCGUAAAUCACUUUCACGAAUCAGCCCCCAAGUGUAGUCUCCCAUCAUUUUCUCGUUAUACUGUCCUUGGUAGCGGACUCGCAGGUGAAAUGAGGUGCCCAGGGUUUGUCUUGAUCCCCGACAGGCAUGCCGAAAUAUGCCUUGUAGGCCUCACACAUCUUAGCAGAUGCUUCCACGGAGUACUUUUUCGCUCUUGUCUUGAUAAAUUGGCCGCAGACAUAGCAAAAUGCGUCUGCCGGAUGCUUGCAGCCUCUUGAUGCCAUCUCAGAAAAAUGCAGAUAUGUAUGCACUUAGGCAGCUGGAACUAAACUGAAUUGGUGGGCUUAAGGUUCCUGUAUUUAUACUACUAUUUAUAUUACUGGAAAGUUCUAGAAGUUACUCCAAGUUUACUCAGCACUGAACCUAUCUGGAAUGUUCUGGAAAAUAGGUAAA